AUGGCUCCCGAUCCUGAAGCGGGCAGCACACCACAAAAGGGCGGAUGGCGGUUGUUUGGACGAAGUUCGACCAGGGAGCAGGACAACGCGGAGAUCCCAGGGAGGAGAAGACUACCAAAAUGGAAUAUGGGCAUUUUGAACGAUAGAGAAACCAUUGAAGUACCAGGCUCGGUCCUACUACUGGCCGCGGACCACAACGAGCCCCUUGGCCUGCGGAACGCACCUGCGAGAACUUCCCAUUCAUCAAUCCCAACCGCCGUUAUUAGGCCUCCAGAACCCCCACAGGACGAAAAGAAGAAAACGAGUGACGGCAAAAUCAUUCUCGAACCUCAACCAGAAGAAUCUGCCAAUGAUCCCCUCAACUGGCCAACAUGGCGCAGAGAUUCCGCCCUGCUCUCCCUGGGCCUCUUUUGCAUGGUGGGCGGCGGCAUGACCCCUCUCCUUGCUGCUGGCUUCACGGAUGUGGCCAAAGAGUUUGAUGUCAGCGUCUCGAGCGUAUCACUCACGACAGGCCUCUACAUGCUGGGCAUGGGCCUUGGCUCCGUGAUCUUCUCACCUACAGCUAUCCUGUACGGUAAGAGGCCAGUGUACCUCUUUGGGGCUCUGUUGUUUGUCUUAACGUCUGUAUGGUGCGCCGUUUCCAAAAGCUUCGUGUCUUUGGUGCUUGGAAGAAUCUUUCAGGGCAUCGCUGUGAGUCCGGUUGAAUGCCUUCCGUCCGCUACUAUUGCCGAGAUCUUCUUCCUCCACGAGCGAGCUUAUCGAAUUGGCAUUUAUACGCUGUUGCUUCUUGGCGGAAAGAAUUUGGUUCCUCUGGUCAGCGCUGCCGUGAUCGAGAGCCUGGGAUGGCGCUGGACGUUUUGGGUUGUUGCCAUGGUUGUUGGUUUCUGCGGGUUUCUGCUGUUCCUGUUUGUCCCCGAGACGUUCUGGGACAGAGUGCCUCAUCCAAGGAAAAAGUCAUCUAGACCAAGCUUUUUCCGCCGCAUGUCCUCGAAACAGCACAUUCGGCGUUCGGACGCCGCAGGCGUUAGUGUGCCACCCAGCGCUCUACCCAGCGCCCGCCAUAGUGAGGAAGGCCCGACUCCAGCACCGGCGGCUAACCAUCGCCGAGACGUUCACGUUGGAUUUGCUACCGACGCCGAAGAGCAUCAUGCGGAAAAGGAUAGGGAAGCCGCAACACGACAAGAAACCUCUGAGAAACCCGAUGAGCUCCACGAUCCGAGUGUCCCCAUGACAGCAGGUAUCCUCGCGGAAGACAGCCAUGCUGCACGCCCGGAGCUCAUCACUCAAGAACCUUCAUCAUCUGAUAACUCGACAAAGCCCCAUGUCUUCUACAUGCCCGACAACAUCGAGAAGCCUAAGUCUCCUUACUCCUCAGAGAGGUUUUCCAGACAGGAUCACACUCAAACGGAUACCGAGUCCCAAUCAGGAGCUAGCUCCCGCGUGGUGGGUAGCAGAGUUCCAUAUACUGCGGCCCUGCGUGAACAGCCCGCAAAGUCGUUUGUCCAGCAGCUCAAGCCCUUCCAUGGUCGCUUGAACAAGGACAAAUGGCACAAAGUAGCUAUCCGGCCGCUCAUUCUUUUCUCUUAUCCAGCGGUCCUCUGGUCAGCCAUUGUCUAUGCAUGCUCAGUCGGAUGGCUUAUUGUGAUAUCCGAGUCUGUGGCUGUCAUCUACCGCGAAGGCCACUAUGAAUUUAACGCCCUGCAGACGGGUUUGGUUUAUAUCAGUCCCUUUGUCGGUGGUAUUCUGGGUACGGCUGUGGCGGGCAAGGUAUCGGAUGUAAUUGUGAAGGCGAUGGCCAGGCGCAAUGGUGGCCUCUAUGAGCCAGAGUUCAGACUUGUCAUGGCUCUACCUGUGGCCAUCACCACGGUCAUUGGCUUGAUGGGUUUUGGCUGGUCCGCGCAGUUGGGUGACCACUGGAUUGUGCCGACCGUCUUUUUUGGUGUUGUCUCGUUCGGAUGCUCGCUUGGCUCAACAACCAGCAUCACCUUCUGCGUCGACAGCUACAGACAGUAUGCGGGUGAGGCCCUGGUCACGCUCAACUUCAGCAAAAACAUAUUCCACGGUCUCGUCUUCAGCUUGUUUGUGACCGGCUGGCUCACGGACGACGGACCCAAGACUGUAUUCAUCUGGAUCGGUAUCAUUCAACUUAUCCUGCUCUUUCUAACUAUUCCGAUGUACAUCUACGGAAAGAGAGCGAGAAUGUGGACGGUCCGGAAGAACUUUAUGGAGAAGUUCUAG